GUGCGCAUGCGCAAACGCAGUCCAUACAGUGGCAGAGGAUGUGCGAAGUAUAACCGCCACAAAUGGCAACAGCUAGUUCCUCUAAAGACACUGUAGCGUCUUUAAGCUACAUGAUGGUGUAGUGGGCAGACUGCAGACAGACAGGCAGACAAAUAACCAGACAGACAGACACAGACGCUGGUUUUAUCGGUAGGCGGUGGCAGAAGCUUUGCGGAAGUGUGUUCGAACCCGGAGUCAUAUGACCAGUCAGGCAGCCGGAGAAAAUGCUACCUAGAUAUGGAUAAAAUUCCUCGGACACGGUGACUAACAUCCACAGCGAACACGAUGGAGGAAAUUAAAGUGUCUCCUGACUACAACUGGUUCAGAAGCACAGUGCCCCUGAAAAGAAUUAUUGUCGAUGAUGAUGACAGUAAGGUGUGGUCGCUGUAUGAUGCCGGCCCAAAGAGUAUCAGGUGUCCCAUCAUCUUUCUCCCCCCAGUCAGUGGGACAGCUGAGGUGUUCUUCCAGCAGGUGCUGGCUCUGACAGGCUGGGGCUACAGAGUCAUCUCGCUACAGUAUCCGGUGUACUGGGAUCUUAUGGAGUUCUGUGAUGGCUUCAGGAAGCUUCUCGAUCACCUGCAGUUGGACAAAGUCCAUGUGUUCGGAGCGUCCCUGGGAGGAUUCCUGGCUCAGAAGUUUGCAGAGUACACACACAAGUCUCCCAGAGUGCACUCACUGAUACUGUGUAAUUCAUUCAGUGAUACCUCCAUCUUUAAUCAGACGUGGACAGCAAACAGUUUCUGGUUGAUGCCGGCGUUCAUGUUGAAGAAGAUUGUUCUGGGGAACUUUGCUAAAGGACCUGUGGAUCCUAAAAUGGCAGAUGCUAUUGACUUCAUGGUUGACAGGUUGGAGAGUCUGAACCAAAGUGAGUUAGCAUCGCGGCUAACACUCAACUGUCAGAACUCUUACGUGGAGCCGCACAAAAUCAAAGACGUUGCUGUGACGAUUAUAGAUGUGUUUGAUCAGAGCGCUCUGUCGCUGGAGGCAAAGGAGGAGAUGUAUAAACUGUAUCCGAACGCCAGACGAGCUCAUCUGAAAACAGGAGGAAACUUCCCGUACCUGUGCAGGAGUGCUGAGGUCAACCUUUACAUACAGAUACACUUGCGCCAGUUCCACGGGACGAGAUACGCCGCCAUCAGUCCUGCCAUGGUGAGUGCUGAGGAGCUGGAGGUGCAGGAGAGUCACCUGAGCAGUACCCAGGACUCUGACGACGACGACCAAUGAGACAGCGUUUACCUGCCGGCUAUUUCCUCCCAACAUUUCCAACAGUUUCUCUCACCCUUCAUCAUUUCACUGGACAGUCUCCAGAUUUUUCAUGGAGCUCAAUCAGCGAGUCAACUGAGAAUAUUUUUAUUUGACAGAUGAAGCAAUAUUUUGAUAAUGAACUGUACAUAACUGUUACACAGCCGCUUUGCUUUAAAAACAUACGACACCUUGCCUUAUGUGGAAUGACUUUGAUAAUUGUUGCACUCAUAAACUGCCUGAACUGUU